AUGGACGACCGGUGCCACCGGGCGGCUCGGGACGGCUACCUGGACGCGCUGAAGGACGCCACGCGGAAGGAGCUGAACGCCCCGGAUGAGGACGGGAUGACGCCGACCUUGUGGGCCGCGUACCGGGGCAACCUGGACGCGCUGCGGCUCAUCGUGGGGAGAGGAGGCGACCCGGACCGGUGUGACAUCUGGGGCAACGCGCCGCUCCACCUGGCGGCCGCCAACGGCCACCACCGCUGCCUGUCCUUCCUGGUGGCCUUCGGCGCCAACGCGUGGUGCCUGGACAACGACUACCACGCGCCGCUGGACAUGGCCGCCGCCAAGGGCCACACGGACUGCGUCCGCUACCUGGACUCCGUCGCCGCCAAGCAGGUCGCCCUCGACCCCAAGCGGGUCGGCAAGCUCAAGGACCGGGCGUUCCGCGCCGCCGAGCGCCGGAUCAGAGACUGCGCCGAGCUCCAGAGGAAGCACCGCGAACACAUGGAGAGGAAGUUCACGAAGGAGUCGGCGGAUUUGGACGACUCUGACGCGAUGAGCUUCUCCAGCUACACCAGCGGCAGCACGCUGAGCCGCACGUUCAACACCGUCACCUCCAACAUGCCAUACUCGCAGGCCACCUUGCAGUCCACCGCCAAGGGCAAGGCCAAGAUCCAGAAGAAGCUGGAGAAGAAGAAGCAGGUCGACGGAACGUUCAAGAUCUACGAGGACGGCAGGAAAAGCGUGCGCUCGCUGUCCGGCCUGCAGCUCGGCAACGACGUCAUGUUCCUGAAGCGCGGCACGUACGCCAACCCCCGGGAGCGGCCGCGCCUCGACAUCCGCGACAUGUUCCCCCGCGACGCCGACGGUUACGCCGACGCCGACGGCGUCUCCCAUGCCAUGAGCGACCCGGGCCUCCACGAGGCCGCGUGUUCGGAGGUCAGCGCCGACUCCGGGCGCGAUUCCCUGUUCACCCGACCCGGCCUCGGCACCAUGGUGUUCAGGAGGAACUACCUGAGCGCGUUUGGUACGGGGCCUCGGGAGGAAGGGAGCGUCGUGGGGAGCGAACCCGCCGGCCGGGCGCCCAACGUCCGCCUACGGGGACUUCUGCCUCGCCACUCGCCGAACUUCGAUGAGGACAGCGUGGGCAGCGCCGUGAGCCUGCGGGACAGGAACCUGCAGGAGUUUCCCUGGGAGGAGGCGGAGGUCGGGUUGGAGGAGGACUCGGAGCCAGAGAACAGUCCUCUGGAGACCUUCCUGGCCUCCCAGGGCCUCAGCGAGUUCAUGCCGAGCUUCAGGAGGGAGAAGAUCGACCUGGAGGCUCUGCUGCUCUGUUCGGAUCGGGACCUCGCCAGCAUCCACGUCCCUCUGGGACCCAGGAAGAAGCUUCUGGACGCCCGCAAGAGACGACUGGACGCCAUGGACGAACCGGAGGCCAUUGGAGACACUGAGCUCUGAAGGUCAGUGUGGACGGAUCCACAUCUUGUUUUAAAAGGAAGGAACCGCUCUUCUUACCAGAUGAACCAGAUACACCUUCGAGAAGAUGAAUCAGUAAACAUUGUAAACAUGAGUUUAUUGUUUCAAUCUCUAGUUUCAAGUCUUCUUCAGCAUGAUGUUCAUUUAGUAGAUUAUGGUCAUUUAGAGUCAAACAGACCAUAAAGCAGGGGACGCUUUAGGGCGGGGCUACAAGGUGAUUGACAGGUCAACACCAGAGAUGUAUACGACAUCUCUAUGUCACUCCUCCUCAGUCCAGAUAUGUACGAUAUGAACCGUAGCCUGACUGGUUAUUGUUGCACACGGUACUAUUGAACGUGUCAAUGAAUGAUUCCCAGUGAUUGUACUCUGAGUAUCCUGUUUGUUAUGUCUUCAUAGUCCAACAUCAUGCGCACGUGAGGUGAUGUGGGCGCGUGUAUCUGUGCACGUGCAUGAAUGUUCAUCGUGUUUUGGUAAAAAAAUAUAUGUUUUUGUA